AGAACAAUGUACGACUAUGCUGAGCGUUAUAUUACUCUUCGGGACUGCGAGGUGGUUAUCGACGGACAGAGUUUCUUCUAUCAAUUGUAUAGAGUCAGCGGUUUGCAGUCUAUGUUUGGAUGUGAGAGCGACAAAUAUGCUCAGUUCCUACGAAACUAUUUGAGUAAAUUUAAAAAAGCCAACGUCAAAUGCUACUUCUUUUUUAAAGGAGGUCACGAGGAUGCCUCUAAAAUGUGGAAUAAAAAUAAUCCACACAAAACUGAACAGUUUAAAAUCGGUAAAACAGCCGUUGGAAAUGUAGAUUGCAAACCACUAAUUUUCACAAAAGAAGUUUACGAACAAGUAUUGGAAGAAAUGCAUUUUGACUACGUUAUUUGUCAAUACGAGUCGAAAAGGGAAUGCAUUGCAUUUGCACAAACACGAAAUUGCCCAAUAAUUAGCUACGACAUUGAAUAUGGCUUUUCUGGAGUUCCGUAUAUUUCUGCUAAUCCUCACUCAAAAGAGCAUCUUAAUAUGCCUCGAUGCAAAGUAUUUACCUUGGAUAAUUUAAUGCAUCCUGUGGAUGGGGAUACAGGCAUUGAUAACCAUCUGAUACUCUAUGCAGACAAACUUGCAGCAAGACGUAACUUAGCGGAGUAUUUGGAUGAAUUGGCGGAAGAUGAUGAUAUGGUUAUUUUCGAUGGACAAAGGAUUCAUACUAUUGUGGAAUUUCAGCUUUGUUUGCAGCAUUUGAAUUUCUUAAACCGUCUUUGUGGUCGACCAUACCAAUCAACGGUUUACAGCAAGACGUAUAACGGAACUUUGGUGCACAGAAUCUUGUUUUCUUUAACAAAUCAGAAUGAAGGCACUUGUGCGUUUAUAGAGAAUAAGCUGAAAACAGCUCCAACUGUACUCGCGUUCUGGAAUCGACUUAUCGGUGCGUUUGACGAAAUCAAUUAAGCAAGAAGCAUUAUGCCACCUUAGUGUUUAGUUACAAUUUAUUACAAGGCGGACCAUGACCUGCAACGCAAGACCGGUCGCUCUUUUGGGGGACGCCUAUAUACAAAGCAGUGGACGUCUUUCGGCUGAAAUGAUGAUGAUGAAUUUGUUAUCCUAAAUACAAGGAUAAUUGGAAAAACGCUAUGUGACUCACGAUUUGGGUGCGUUUCUAAUAGCCCUUGUUUGCCUUAUUACAUUGCUUCGCCCUGUCCAAUGUGGAAAUUUGAUAAUAUUUAUGUUUUGUGACAUUUCCGAAAUAGUUUUUUAGAAAUCAUGUUUUGUACAAUUUCUGCAAAUAAUCUCUAAAAAAAAUC